GUUUGAUCGCCCGAGUGCGAAGCAGUUAACGCAGGGGCGUCGGGCGUGGGGAGGGCUUGGCGGCCCGGAACGAAGCGCAGGGAAAGGCGGGGCCGCGCCAGCAGCGAGCGUAGCUUCUGCCGUCAGGGCACCCUCUUUUCCCUGCUAAACGCACCCGACUUCCCCGGCACCCUCCAUGUGGUGUUGUGCGUGCCCUUGCCAGUCGGCUUGAGAGAGUGGAGAUCUGGAAGGAAUCCAUAGUUAAGUUGCUUUUACAGAAUUAACAGGUCUGCAAGAAAUAAAAAGGUCAUUAUUGCUGUGGUUUGCGCUCAGCAUGGCUGUAGUCAUCCGUUUACUGGGGCUUCCUUUUAUUGCGGGGCCUGUGGAUAUCCGUCACUUCUUCACGGGAUUGACUAUUCCUGAUGGAGGAGUGCAUAUAAUUGGAGGGGAAAUUGGGGAGGCUUUUAUUAUUUUUGCAACAGAUGAAGAUGCAAGACGUGCUGUAAGUCGUUCAGGAGGGUUUAUCAAGGAUUCAUCUGUAGAGCUCUUUCUUAGUAGUAAGGCAGAAAUGCAGAAGACUAUAGAAAUGAAAAGAACUGACCGCAUGGGAAGAGAGAGACCAGGAUCUGGGGCAUCAGGGGUUGGCAGCUUAUCUAAUUUUGUUGAGGCUAUUAAAGAAGAAGGAAGUAAUUCUGGAUAUGGUUCUCCGAUUAAUCAAGAUGCUGGGUUUCAUACUAAUGGUACAGGACAUGGUGAUUUAAGGCCAAGAAAGACACGGCCAUUGAAAGCUGAGAAUCCUUACUUGUUUCUACGAGGCUUGCCUUACUUAGUAAAUGAAGAUGAUGUACGUGUCUUUUUCUCUGGUUUAUGUGUGGACGGAGUAAUUUUCUUAAAGCAUCAUGAUGGCCGAAAUAAUGGUGAUGCCAUAGUAAAAUUUGCCUCAUGUAUUGAUGCUUCAGGAGGUCUUAAAUGUCAUAGAAGUUUUAUGGGUUCAAGAUUUAUUGAAGUAAUGCAAGGCUCAGAACAACAGUGGAUUGAUUUUGGAGGUAAUUUAAUUAAGGAAGGUGAGACUUCUAUGAGGACUGAAGAACAUUCACCACCAAGAGGAAUUAAUGAUAGACAUUUUCGGAAACGAUCUCAUUCAAAAUCUCCCAGAAGAACAUGUUCUCGUUCUCCUCUCGGAUUUUAUGUUCACUUAAAAAAUCUGUCUGUAAGUAUCAACAAAAGAGACUUAAGAAAUUUUUUUAGAGAUACUGACCUGACAAAUGAACAGAUUAGGUUUUUAUAUAAAGAUGAAAGAAGAACAAGAUAUGCCUUUGUGAUGUUCAAGACGCUGAAAGACUAUAACACUGCUCUGGGUUUACAUAAGACUGUUUUACAAUAUCGUCCAGUUUAUAUUGAUCCAGUUUCUAGGGAACAGAUGCUGAAGUUCAUUGAGUGUUAUGAAAAGAAAAGACCAGCAUCAGCAGAGAAAGAGAGACUUGGACAGGUCUCACAAAAACACUCUCAAGAAGGCUACUCUGGCCAGAAACUGUGCAUAUAUAUAAGAAAUUUUCCAUUUGAUGUUACAAAAGUUGAAGUGCAGAAGUUCUUUGCUGAUUUUUCUCUUGCUGAGGAUGACAUUUGCUUGCUUUAUGAUGACAAAGGAGUUGGUCUAGGAGAAGCGUUGGUGAAAUUCAAAUCAGAAGAACAGGCCGUGAAAGCUGAACGUUUAAACCGACGGAGAUUCCUGGGGACAGAGGUGUUGUUAAGGCUCAUAUCUGAGGCACAAAUGCAGGAGUUUGGUGUAAAUUUUUCUUCAAUGUCUAGUGAAAGAAUGCAUGACCAUUCACAGUCUUGUGAUAGAGAUGAUCAUUCCCAUUCAUUUGACUCAAAUGAUCCACCAAUAUACGCAUUUGGCCCUUCGGAAAACUUUAGGCAUCAGCAAGAGGACUUGAGGCAACUGGACAAUUUCAAGCAUCCUCAGGGGGAUUUCCGACCACCUGAUAGACGCCCUCCAGAAGACUUUAGGCAUUCCCCAGAGGAUUUCAGGCGGUCCCCGGAAAACUUCAGGCGCCUUCGGGAGGAACACUUCAGGCGGCCUCCUGAGGAGGACUUCAGGCACUCUCGGGAGGAAGAUUUCCGGUACCCAAGGGAGGAGGACUGGAGGCGGCCACCUGAGGAGGAUUUCAGGCGACCCCCCAAGGAAGAUUUCAGGAGACCCCAGGAGGAGGACUGGAGGCGGCCCCCAGAGGGAGACUUGAGGAGGCCACCUGAGGAGGAUUGGAGGCGGCCUCCUGAGGAAGACUUCAGACGACUUCCCCCAGGGGAAUGGAGGCGACAACCUGAGGAAGACUUUAGGCGGCCCCUAGAGGAGGAUUUCAGGAGACUUCCUGAGGAGGACUUCCGGCGACCCCACCAGGAGGACUUAAGGCGGCCCCAUGAGGAUGACUUCAGGCGGUCUCCUGAGGAGGAUUUCCGAGGUUCUCCCGACGACUUCAGGCGGCCGCCCCCGGAGCACUUCCGGCGGCCGCCCCCAGAGCACUUCCGACGGCCGCCCCCGGAGCACUUCCGUCGGCCGCCCCCGGAGCACUUUCGGCGACCGCCUCAGGAGCAUUUCCGGCGGCCACCGCAGGAGCACUUCAGGCGGCCAUCCCAGGAGCAUUUUAGACGACCGCCUCAGGAGCUUUUCAGGCGGCCACCCCAGGAACAUUUCAGGCGCCCUCGAGAGGAAGAUUUUAGGCACCCACAGGAUGAAGAUUUCAGGGGCCCUCCGGAUGAAGACUUUAGGCACCCUCCUGAAGAGGACUUCAGGAGUUCUCAGGAGGAAGAUUUUAGAAGCCCUUCUGAUGAGGACUUCAGGCGGCUCCCGGAGGAAGACCUCAGGGAAGCUCCAGAGGAGGACUCCAGAGUUCCUGACAGUUUUAGACUUCCUGGUGAGGAGUUUAGAAGCCCCCCUGAUUUUAGAAGUCAUCGUCCUUUUGUGAAUUUUGGUCGCCCAGAAGGUGGCAAAUUUGAUUUUGGAAAGCGUAAUAUGGGAAGUUUUCCUGAGGGGAGAUUUAUGCCUGAUCCAAAAUUAAAUUGUAAUUCAGGUAGAGUAACACCUAUUAAGAUAAUGAAUCUUCCAUUUAAAGCUAAUGUUAAUGAGAUUUUAGACUUUUUCCAUGGUUAUAGAAUCAUACCUGAUUCAGUUUCAAUACAGUAUAAUGAGCAAGGGUUACCUACAGGGGAAGCCAUUGUUGCCAUGAUAAACUACAAUGAAGCUAUGGCUGCUAUUAAAGAUCUGAAUGAUAGACCGGUUGGCCCCCGCAAGGUUAAGUUAAUUUUGCUCUAGAGAGCAUUUCUAAAUUCAGAAUUAUCUCCCCACAGUAUUGAUGCGGUAAAAUGCAUUUUUCAGUGUUUAUUUUUAAUUAUCUAAUGAAAAGAAACAUUUUGACCUGUGAACAGAAGAAAUGUAAAUAGUAGAAUGUGAACCUGGUUUUCUUUUGCUUGCAAAUUGCCAUUCACUUUUUCUAACUUAAAAAUAUAUAUGCUUUUUCUUUUUUGAUGGGGGUGGGGUGGGGUGGGCUGGGGGGAGAACUAAUUCCCUGAGUGCAGUAAUUUUUGUUGAUGUCAUGGGUAAAUGUCAAGACUUGUAUAAAGUAGAAAACUGUGUUUGGGGAAGACAAGUUUUAUGUUUACUUUUGUUUCCACUCUGUAGUCUACAUCUACUCAUAUUGUAUAAGGAAAUGGUCAGUGACUGACUGUUCAGGGUUAGCAUUUUUAUUGCUAACUGCCUGCAGAAUUAAUGCCCUCUUCCUUGUCUGAGAUAUUACUGUGUUAAGCCUCUCCUUAAUCAUAAAUAGUUCAAAAUUGACAGACUGUGAACUUGAAGUUUACUUAUGUAAAAGGCUUAGGAAAUUAACUUUCAAAGUUUUUAUAAAAAUAAAAAAAUUGCAACUGAAUAGAUGAACUAAUUAACUUGUAUUUGUAUAUAGAGAAAAAAGAAUUACAGCUGCUUUUGUGAAGAUUUUCAACAGCUAUAUUAAAUAAUAUGACAGGAGGGACCAGACAUUCUAUAAUAGUAUAUGAGUUCUUUGUGUAGUUCUGUGGUUUCUUCCAACAUCUCAUCAACCAAACUGAUAAGAUUUACUCAGUACUUAAAAGACAAAAAAGUAAUUGUAGGUACAAGGGGGCCUUCAGGUUCUUGUUGUGACGAAUCUGAUAAAUGGACAUAGUUUGUGUUUAUAGGAAGAAUUUACUGAUGAUUUAUGUAACUUGUGGUUUUUUAUUCUUAAUUUCAAAACUUUUUUAUCCGAAGAUUCAGUGACUAACUAUAACAAGAAUUUUGUGAGAUUGAAUUUUUACUUCUUUGAUAUUUGACACUGUAGAGAUUUUGCAAAUACUGGAUUUGAUUUUUCAUACCAUAAUAAUAAUGCUAACAUUGGGCACACUUUCUAUGUGCUAGGCAGUGUAAGUGCUUUACAUGCAUAAUGUCAAUCUUAAUAUUCCCUAAGAGGCUUACAAGUAUUUAUUUCACAAAUGAGAUAAAUUCAGAGUUUAAGUAACUUGCCUAAAGUCAUAGUUGUAAAUUAUAAAGCCAGUUUCAACCAGACUUACUCCAGUUCACGCUGUUAAUACUUUGGCCUACUAACUUAAAUGGUAGUUUUUAAUUUUAGUAUGACCAUGCUGGGCUUUCUUGGUGGCUCAGUGGUGAAGAACCUGCCUGCCAGUGCAGGAGACGUGGGUUCAAUCGUGGGUCCGGGAGAUUCCCUCGAGAAGGAAAUGGCAACCUACUCCAGGAUUCUUGCCUUGGAAAUCCCACAGACAGAGGAACCUGGCAGGCUAUGUCCGUGGGGUCACAAAAGAAUCUGACACGACUUAAGUGACUAAAGAAGACCAUGCUAAAAAUAUUUUCAAAACAGUAAAGGAUAUUUUCUUACCUCCAUUGUUGCUUUAAAAAUAGCAUUAAAAAUAUGAAAUUAAUAUGCCCAAACAUCGUGAAUAAAAGACAAAGUUAUUAGAAGUUAUUAUAUAUCCAGGGAUUCUCUGAGACAAUAUAUAAUUGUUCAUUUUAUCAAACAUGGUUUGAUUUUGGUUGGUCUUUUAUAAUUUACAUAAAAGUUUAUUUCCCUCAAUUUUGUGAUAGAUAUUUGCCACACUGAGCAAAUAAUAAAAUUUGAAUUUAUAUACAGUAGUUUGGAGGGUACUGUAGAAUACUUUUCAGUAUUUAGCCAUUUAGUACUGCAGUACUCAUCUUUAGUGAUUUAAAGAAGUCUAAGAAAAACCAACCGAAGUUUCUGUGUUUUUAAUUACGUUGAACAUCCUGCUUGCUAGUAAAAUGAAUUAACUGGUAAAUUUGGUUCAGAAAAGUACAUCAGUAUGGCACUUGAAACUAGUAAGCUUACAAGCUACGAAAAUGACAAUAGGAAGAAAAGAUUUUUUUAAGUGCUCAGAGAUUGUAUGGUUUAUUUGAUCACUCUUAACUGAGAAGUGUAUUGGAAGACCUAAAAAUGCUUCUCAAAUACAUAUAAAUAAAUGAAAGCUACGAUGAAGCUUAAGGUGAAGUAUAACUUAAUAUGGAACUGCUUCUCAGUCUAGGGUGGAAUGGUGGUGGUAAUUAAAAGGCUAUCACAAUAGUAAGCACAGGCUUUGUAUUUUGAUUGUAAAAUUACUGGAUAAUUGAUAAUUACUGGAUCUUCAGUUUAAUAUGUUUUUUAACUUUUUAAAGUUUGCUACAGAAAACUGGCUUCUACUGCUUGGGAGCCAUUUCUGCACAUCUGUUCACAACUUUGCCUUCACUGACAUGUUGGUAACUUAAAUUGACCAUGAUAGGAAUUAUUUACACCAUGGAAACUGGUAAGUGCAGAAUAUCAGGGCAUUUUCCACCUCAGUGAACCAGUUUACCAACACACCACCAAUUUCAAACAUGUAAAAGAGAACAGUGCACUAAAUCCUCAUAAACCCAUUGCCCAGCUUCAAUAAUUAUCUCGUAGCCAGUUGUGUUUCCUCUCCUAGAUUUAUUAGGUAUUUUAGUGGCAUAUUGGUUAUCAAGUUUAAUAUCCAGUGGCAUUUUAAUUAUCUUAAAGCCAAACAUUUUUGACUUAAGGCAUCUGAAAAAUACAGAUAGUGCCUAGAAAGUAAGCUUAAUCUCAUAACCAAGAGAUAGUAAGAGUCCUGAGGAGUGCACACUUAACACACUUACUGACAAUACUGUCAUGAGUAUUGGCUCUUGGUCCAUAUAUCACCUAUUAAGCAGUGACACUAUCACCUCCAUCUCUGCAUUAAAUGUUAGCUAAUAUUUAGUGAACUGUAAUAGGUACUAUAUGAUCUUUAUAUAUGAAUUAACUGUAUAGUUUCAAUAACCCUAAUAUACCUAUUUUGGAGACAAAUGGAAGCCUGUAGCCAACCAACUAGUCAGACUGGUUGCCUGUCUUUUUAUAAGGAAGCUAAAAAGGUUUUUAUAUUUUAAAGUGUGGUUACCUAAGUAUGUAAUAGCCUUGAUUUUGUCUCAGUUCACCAACUGUAGAAAUAGUUACUUUAUAACCCUUUUAAGACCUUACCUUGUGGCUUUAGUGGUAAAGAACCGGCCUCCGAAUGCAAGAGAUACGGGUCUGAUCCCUGGGCCACGCAGAUUCCUUGAAGGCAAUGGCAAUGCGUUCCAGUAUUCUUGCCUGGGAAAUCCCAUGGACAGAGAGCCCUGGUGGGCUACAGUCCAUGAGGUCACAAAUGCUGGACACAACUUAGCGAGUAAACAGCAACCCUUUCAGGUUUGCCAACCUGUUGCUGGCCUAAAAAUUAUAUGUGAAAGUAUUAUGUGUAAUAGUCCUUUUGUCCUUAGAAUAUUUUUUUAAAUAGAGCAUAUGUUUUAUAUCAUAAUUUGAUUGCUUUAAAUAUCAGGCACUAUUUUAAUUUUACAAAUAGGGCAACUGAUGCUCAAGAGAAGUGAGUUGCGAUCAUAAUCUGCAAGAGAAAUACCAUAACCUUGUUUUUUUCACCAAGCUACAAUACCAAGGUUAAAUACUGAGAAAAUGCAGUGACAUCCUCAGUUUUUUAUGAAAGUAAAUUUAUUUGUGCAUGCUGUGUGCUAAGUCACUUUAGUUGUAUCUGACUCUUUGUGAUGCUGUGGACUGUAGCCCUUCAGGCUCCUCUGUCCAUUGGGUUCUCCAGGCAAGAAUACUGGAGUGGGUUGCCAUUCCCUUCAGGACAUCUUCCCAAUCCAGGGAUCAAAUCAACCUCUCUUACAUCUCCUACAUUGGCAGGUGGGUUCUUUACCACUAGCACCACCUGGGAUAUUUAUUUACAGUUUUUAAAUGUUUUGAAUAUUUUAUUUACUUAAGUAACUAUCACUUAGGACUAUUUUCAGGAAGCAAUGCUUUAAGAACAGAUCACGAAUAAUUUCAAAAGUCAAAAAAGCAUUCUAGAAAAGUAUUUUUCUGUUAUGAAUAACUGCUUUUUGUGGUAAUCCCAGAUAAUAUCAAGUUCCUAAUUUUUAUAUGCCAGACUGGGAUCUAUGAAAUAAUAAGUAGAAUUCUCCAUCCAAAGAAAUAAAAGCAUGAGAUAUACUGAAAGGCUUUGAUUAAAUUGUUUUCUAUUUUCAGGAAAGCAAGUGACUGUACUCUUAUUGAUUAUAUGGUAGGCUGAUAAAAUAUAUAACUUUUUACUGACUUA